GGUAGGGGGAAUGGGAGGGAGAGAUGAGACCCAACUGGACCCAACAACCACCCCACCCAACAACGCAAACGAACGCCGCGCAACAAGGCUUCGCGUUUUUACACGCCGUACAGCGUUAUCCACACACGCCGCCAUGAACCCAAUCUAUCUGCCCUGUAUCUGCAACAGCCCAUUCCAUCCCGACGCUUCAACGCACGCCGCGGUAAAGCAUAGGCUGAACUCCGACCUGGAAGGCACCGGACUCGUGGCAAAGUCGCUUUACUGCAGUGUUUACCGCCAGGGCCAGGGGUCCAUCCCGACGUACUGCGUGUGGAGUGCAAUGCUGGCAAGUGAAGGGGCAAAACCAGAAGCCAUCAAUGAUGUGGUUAAAAGAACCAAGGGACGGGGCUUGGUGAUGCAGAUGGGCACAAUCACUAUCCUACGAGUCAAGUGCCAAGCGACCUCUCCGUUAGCUGCCCCCUCUCAAGGGCUCUACUUUCAUUAAUAUUGAAGAUUACUUCAACUGCACCCGUCAAGUGAUCUAGUGUAUUUGUGAGUGCAUCCCUUUAAUUGGUGUUUAAAUACAAUGACAAAUUAUUGUUAAUUUUGGUCUAGGUUCAAACCACUUUGAGGAGUUGAUGAGCGGUCUAUUGUGCCAACAUACAUAAAUGCUUUCAAUAUUGUAA